AGGGAGUGGGCGAUACAGCAAUUUAUUGCAUCGAUCCUGUACUAAGUUAAUGCAAGGCUAGUGUUGCCUUUACCGGAAAAUGUUUAACAUUAGCUGAUUUUGCACUUCGUUCGUUGAUUAUGAUUAUACCACAGGUACCCCCCCAGAAAAUGAUUUAUAGAAAUAAAAAUAAGCUCAUUUGUCAACAACAUAUACUAUAAAUGAAUAUACGCACAAUAUAAUACAAUGUAACAAUAUCAACAAAAUAAUUAUAUUACAUACAGUUUUAUCACAACACAAUAUUGUCUCUCUUUCAUAUCAUUUAGCUUUUUGCCUCCAGUACACAACUGUACUACCGAUAUCAUCGCGUCAGUAUCGAUUCGACAAUGCUAACACCCAUACAUGUUUGGAUCGAUCCGCUGACCCCGCUACCACCCAAAUAAAUUGAAGAAUGGGGAUGAACUAUCCGUUUUAUAAUUCCGUUCCUGUUUUAUGUGGAAAAAGUGAACGAAUGCCACCGAUUUUCGCUCAUUUAGGCCAACAAAUGACAUUUACUUGGGGAAAAUGCGGUGCUCUCGAGCCAGCAAGCUAGCACUAGCUAGUACGACAGCAUCGUAAAACAGGACGCUAACCCUUCACAGAUGUUCUACUUUCUUGUGUUACCACAAAAAAAUGAAACUUACACGUUAUUCACUGGGACGACAAUAACGAUCUGGAACAUGCCACAAGACGCUACGUAUUCAAAUUAAACAGCACGACGCAAAGAUUCUCCACAGUAUUCUAUAACAAUGGAUCCGAGCUCCAGUGCCUCUGCUGGUCCAGCUGCUUUGACCGCCCAAGUGUGUUUCCCAGCUGCCCGUGCUGCCGUUUUGGACAACCUGAAUCGCCAGCGAGAGGAAGGCAGGCUCUGUGACCUCUCCAUCCAUGUUCAAGGGAAAGUGUACAAGGCCCACCGCUGUGUGCUCGCUGCAUCCUCACCGUACUUCCAUGACCAGGUGUUACUCAAGAAUGUGACAGCAGUUUCUCUCCCGUCAGUCAUGGACCCAGUGGCCUUUGAGAGCGUGCUCAGUUCAGCAUACACCGGCCAGCUGAGCAUUGUCCAUGAUGACAUCGUCAACUAUGUCACGGUGGCCAGUUUCCUCCAGAUGUGGCACAUUGUGGACAAAUGCACGGAGAUCCUAAAGAGGCCGCGGCCCUCAGCAGAAGUAACCCAGCCAGAGGCCUCGGUAACUCAUCCUGGUAGCGCACCCAGACAGCAGUCUCCCAGCAGCACUGACUGUUUGUAUGUAGAGCGAGAGGGACGAAGGAAGGAGGCCAAACCGGACGCCUUGCCUCCUUUAGCUACAUGGCGGCGUCCGCAGCAGUUCUCAAGAUGGGGUGUCUCACGGCUGUCAUCGUCGGCUCAGCACAUAGCCGACUCCCAGCUCGAUGCCCUCCCCAGCUUCGCGGAGAGCGAUUACACCUGCUGUGAAGAAACAUGGACGUUAAACCAUGUUAAAAGUGAACAAUUCGGCCACAGUAGCUCGGGUGCUGAGGCACUGAAGCAGAAAGUCAGAUGUCAGCCUCGAGGAGCUUUGCAGAGCGCCGACAGGCUGCUUGAUAAGAACAUUGAUGGUGGUGAGGGUGAUGAAACACCAGAGAAGAAGAAGAAGAAUGAGAAACGUGCAAUUGAGGCUGAUGAGGGAGUCGGAGAAGCGGUGAUGGAGAAAAAGGAAGACUUUGCACAAAUGGGUCACUGCGACUUCCAGCCAAUGUUAAUGGAGAAUGAGGACGCCAGAAGAGCCACAGUGAAGGUGAGUGUGGAGGACAUAAGAGAUAAAGCGCAGAGGGGCACAGACUUGUACAGUGUUCAUGCUUGCCAGAAAGGGGAAAGCACUUUGGUUGCCAACUGCACGGUUCCAGCCCGGGUGCAGUGGCAGGCUGGGUCCUGGUCUCAGCAAGAGUCCAGACCACCCGAGGGGGCUGGGGGCAGUAAAUCUGAGGAAGACUUUGAAUGCCUCGCAGAAGGGAGUUACAACCGUGACACCUAUGAUGAGAUUGAGGAUGGGACAGGCCAGGUUUCCCAGAGGCCUCUCUUGCCUGCGUCACCUGAUUUCAGCAUGGCGAGCGCCGGCAUGCUCAUGGCAGCUAGCGGUUCAUCAUUAACCCCUGCCUCCAGUCGCCAUUUGUCACCUCCCUCCGCCACGCUCCCGCCGCCUUCUUCACCCCCAACGCCAUCGUCGUCGUCCUCAGUCACAAUGGCCAGCGCCCCGUACUCGGGCAAAGUGCAUUUCUGUCACUGCGGCAAAGCCUUCACCCUGAAGAGCAUGCGCGACCGCCAUGUUAAAAUGCAGCACCUCAACCUGCGACCUUUCGGCUGCCCCGUUUGCACCAAGUCAUUUAAGAUGAAGCAUCAUCUCACCAAGCACCUUAAGACCCACGGAGGGUUACGACCCUACGAGUGCGGCGUGUGUGGGAAGAAGGUCGUCUGGCGGGACAGCUUCCUGAGGCACCAGGCCAGAUGUGAGAGGGUUGCGUCCUCCAACGGCAACACAAGCUCAGCUCAGGCCAACGUGGACGACAGCUGCGGUUACGCACUCGACGGCGGAGACGCCUUUCUCACUAUGGGAGGGCAAGUGAAAGUGGAGGUGGAUUUCCACAGGGAAAUGGACGGGAUGAGUGGGUUGUUGGGAAGUGUGUCCGGGAUUGUGGAUGAGUUAAGAACUCAGAACUUGGACACCGGUGCUCAUGUUUACAAAGAGGAGGCGAGUGAAAGUUUUAGUGAAACAAAGUAGUUACACGAGUGUGACGACUUCUUUACACUCUAACAAGAAAACAGUGAAUUAUUUCUAAAUGCUGAUUUUUAAAAUGGUUACUUAACAAAUGCUGCCAUUUGAUGCGAGUCUUAAUGAUCGGCAUGCUGGAGGGGCGAUCUCAUGACUCUAAUUAUUGACCUUUUUUGUUUACGUCUUUAGUACAUGCAUUCAUGUACUGUCAAGUCAGAGCGGAAGUCAUGUUUAGGGGGUUAUUCAGUGUUUUUAUUCAUUUCUUUCUCCCACUUUGUGUCCACCUGGGACCUCCCAUGAAAAACAGCAGAAAGACCAUAGAAAGGGCACAAGGUCCUGAACAUGGCGUACAUGUGGGGAAAAAAUAGAUUCAAAUUCUUUCCAGUAUGGCGUAGCCCUACUUUUACACACAGAGACGUUUUUGUGUGCCUAUCUCUGUGCUUCCUUUAUUCUUCUUAGAAGCAUUUUUAUGUUUCAUCUAUGAUGGGGAAUACUUCAGAUUUCACAUCACAGUGUAAUGUAGCAGCUCAUGCUGCACAUUCAUUGUAAAUAUUCAUUCUUUUAAAGACUCCUUUUGCGCAUGAAUUAUUGUUUGUCGACAAAAAACGGAAUACAGUUUUACACUGAAUGAUAAUUGGUGGCUUUUUUGAAGUUUGGCUCACCAGUCAAAUUGCUUGACUAUAGACAAUAAGACAAUAAAGUUAACAAACAAAAUACACAACACUUCAUCCUGCAACAUUUGUAGGCAAUGUCACAAUGUUUAUGGAACAACAACAUCCUUGGAAUAGUGGCAUGAAAUAAAGCAUACACUCACUGGACAUUUUAUUAGGUACACCUGUGCAGUCUAAUGAAAACACAUUUUGUCAAGAUAAAAAAUACUACAAAGAUAAUUAUAGUUUGAAGAGGUGUAGAAUAUAUUGAUUUUGAUCUCUCUUAAAGGGGACCUGCUGUGCUUUUUCCACUUUUCUGACGCAGACCUAUGUAUCUGGAAGUCCUCGGGAGCACUUGGGAGUCUGCCCAAUCACAGCGGAGUGGGCGUGCCUGGGUGGAAUAAAUUAAAUAGACCGUUUGGGUCAGAAGUAGGAAAUUCAUGGAAACGCUGCACAAACAGGUGCAGAAUCUGGAAGUUCUAGAAAGCUUUAUGUGCAUGUUAUCGUAUAUAUAGCUGCUCUGUAGGAGUCCACAACUUAAUACACAGAAGAAAUGAAGAUAAUAGGUCCCCUUUAACCCGAAUAUUAGGAACAACAUUUGACUCUCAUUGGAUUGUUCAGGUGUAUCUAAUGUCUUUAGAUGUUCUUUCCAAGGUCUUUACAGUACUGUUCUACUAUGGUUAUCUUUUACUGUGCCUUUGCAUUGGAAUUGUCAGAGUAGUGUGUUGUUAUUUAAAUGGACCCAUGCUUGAAGAAAGUGGGUUGAGUUUUUGCACUUUCUCUAUUUCAUGAUUGGACACCAAGUUUAAUUAUGUUUUGACCACAACAAGCAAAUUGUGAUUGAAUAAACUAAACACUUCAAUUAUGAAAGCAGUGUCUUAUCUGCAAAGACUUGGUAUUAAAUAUGGUAUCGGUAUUAAAUAUUAUCAGGGUUUCUGGUUCUUACCUUGUCCUUUUUGCAUACUCCGACAUGUUUUUAAGUUUAGAAUAAGUAAAUUAGAGAGGCUAGCUGAAAUCCAGCUUUAGUUCUGUAAUGUCCCUGCACAUAGGGGUGUUAUUUUAUGUAUACAGGGCUCUAAUGUUAAAACCAUAUUUAGAAAGUCAUAUGGAUUUGUACUUUGUGGUAGUCAUUGGUAAUAACUGUCCUUCUUGGUUGGGCCUGGUUUGUAGUUAAUACAGUAAAGCAGCAAUGCAUUCAUGUAAUAAAGACAAGACAAUUGUCAGAUUUCGGCACAUUUAAUAUAAUUUCAUUAAUCGAUAUAUAUCAACAAACGUUUAUUUCCAGUUAGACUACACAUUCAAACAUAAAUCUAAUAGGAAAAUGCACUACACACUCUUCUCUGCGGAUAAAUAAGUACAUAGAACAUGGAGAAAUUACACUGACAAUGUCGUUUUGUUUACAACAGGUAACAAAAUCCACAAUUCUGCAUCAUUUUUAAUGACUAAACUCCUAAACGUGUUGCUGCUUCCACCUGCAACCUUUGAACCACUUGCAAACAGACCAUUAUGUAAACUAACUUGAACGUUCUUUUUCUUCACAAACCACACACGACGUUAAGACAAACCACCGAUUCAUUUUGCAGGGGGGGCCAUGAUUAGUCUGCGACAGUGCAAUUACAAAGGGCAUUUUUUCCUGCCAUUUAAAUCAUCUACAUACUACUGUACAUGUUUUUAAUAACUGAGGCUUGACAGUUCCAAACUAGUGCAAACGUAAACACGCUACAUUUCAAGUUGUUUUAAUGACAAGUCGUUCAUCGAAACACAAAGCGUCACUUGUACAAAAAAAACAAACAAGCAAACAUUAGCACCAUCAACAGUGAUAUUCACAUUGGGAUAUUUACUCAAAGCACAUCCUCAUGACAAGAUUAUGGUUCCCACCUCCAUCCCUGGAGGGUGGAUUUAAAAAAAAGCCUGUGUUAGUGUGUUAACAUGCCAUGGCUGCUUGGUAGUGAGUCUGCAUCGUGUGGAUGUGUUGUUCUCCCGUGAUGCUGGCCCGGCUGCUUUGAAUCUGCACUUUGUAUCUCAGAGGAGGAGAGCUCAGAAGAUGGUACUCCAGCGUUUGGGGGGUGGACGGGACUUGGUUUCUCCCUGCAGAUGAGAAAGUUGUGACUUAUUUUCUAAAGAUAUCAGCCAAAAACCCCACUCCCGUCAAACUGAGCCUGAGUUGUGGAAUGUAGAUGUGAUUGUCAUAAUUGUUCACAUUUAGUGGGAUGAAACAAAAUAAGUAACAUAUUUUCUGGACUAUAAGUCGCAUCAGUCAAAAAAUGCAUCAUGAAGAAAAAAAAAACAAAUGCAGACUCAACCGUAAUAAGUUAAUUUCCAAGUAGGAUAUUAAUAAAUUAGAGCAAAUCCUGUUUAUGACCUUCUGAGUACAUUUCAUACUUUUAUUAGAGCCCUGUAGACAUGAACUAGCACCCCUAGAGUUACCAUUACACAAUAGCAAGCUGCCGAGGUGUCUGAUAUAUUAACGUAACACAGUUAUUCUGCUAGGGUGGCACGGCGGUCGAGUGGUUAGCGCGCAGACAGCUAGGAGACCAGGGUUCAAUUCCACCCACGGCCAUCUCUGUGUGGAGUUUGCAUGUUCUCCCCGUGCAUGCGUGGAUUUUCUCCGGGUACUCCGGUUUCCUCCCACAUUCCAAAAACAUGCUAGGUUAAUUGGCCACUCCAAAUUGUCCAUAGGUAUGAAUGUGAGUGUGAAUGGUUGUUUGUCUAUAUGUGCCCUGCACCCCCCGCGACCCUCGUGAGGAAAAAGCGGUCGAAAAUAAAUGAAUGAAUCAGUUAUUCUGCUAUGUGAGUGUGAAUGGUUGUUUGUCUAUAUGUGUCCUGUGAUUGGCUGGCGACCAGUCCAGGGUGUACCCCGCCUCUCGCCUGAAUACAGCUGGGAUAGGCUCCAGCACCCCUCGCGACCCUCGUGAGGAAAAAGCGGUAGAAAAUGAAUGAAUGAAUGAGUUAUUCUGCUAUGUGAGUGUGAAUGGUUGUUUGUCUAUAUGUGCACUGUGAUUGGCUGGCGACCAGUCCAGGGUGUACCCUGCCUCUCGCAACCCCCGCGACCCUUGUGAGGAUAAGCGGUAGAAAAUGAAUGAAUGAACAAGCCAGUGAGUCCAACUAGCAAGUUACCAGUAAGCAAGUUCACCAAGCUUCCGAUCUCAUUCCACAUCACACAAUUCAUUGAAUUCUCCAACCUCUGUGUCGCUAUCCUAGAGCACCCUCCUGUGGCUGUCGAUGGUAAUGUCCCUCCUUGGUGACUAUGAAUUAACGUUUGACAUAAAGGGACUUCUAUGAAAAUAAGUGCAACUCAAAGUCCAGAAAAUACAGGAGAUGGAAUUUUACAAUAGGUUGAUAAACGUACGUGUAUCCCAAUGUUAUUAGUUUAUUAGGAUGACAUGAGUCUACAAACUGUUUAUUUAAUUACGUAUCUGCUACUCACUGCUGUUGGAUGAGAACAUCACUGGUGCAAAACACAGAUUGGAAAGUUUUCAAUCAGGUUCCUCAGGUUUCAAAAAUACUGAAUAUCAGUCGUGAUUGGAAGCUCACCAGGUUGAAGAUUCUGGACAGUGUGCUUUGCUCCCUGCGUCGUCUGACUGGUGACUUUGCGCUCUCUGCACGCGGUGACGAAGCCUAGAAAAAGAUGCUGCAUGAGCUCAGGUGGCCGCCUGAUAGCUUCUUUGGAGAAUUUUUUUCUAAUUUGCUUGAGCUUCUCUUAAAUGUUUAAUUUGUAAGCUAAUGCAAGGCAUUAUUUAGCAGGUUGUAUUGUCUACUUUGUAUUUAAUACAGAGCAGAUGAAAUUGCUAUGUGUAUGUAUGUUUUUACAUAAACACAGCAAUGUUAGUCAAUGACGUGUGGAGUCACGUGACUUGGAUUCGAGUCACAAUUUAGAUGACUUUGGACUUGACUUGACAAUACCAUCAAAGACUUGCAACUGACUUGACUCAGACUUUAGUGUGAUGACUUGAAAAUAAAAUGUAUACAGUGACAGUAGCGUGACAGUUUUGUCAUUUCUGGCAAUACACUGCCUCAUUGAUUGUAUAUGUUAACGUCCAAUCAGAUUAGAACAAAAACCUGAGACUUGACUUGACUGUGGGUUACGGUUAUGUUUGAGUACUACGAACUCUGCCCAGCGACACAAUAUCACCGUCACCCUUGAUUAUCAUUGAUUAUAUGACCAUAGGAGCCAUUUAAGUGUAUGCGCGAGUUAAUCAGCAACACUGUAAUAAAACACAAUAUGAAAAAUGACAAAUCACUGCGAGGCAGUAGAACCAUGAGAUUGAAGGGAAUGUUGACAUCCAUGAUACUGUACAAACAAAGUAAGGGAGUCAAUCAGUGUCACAUCACAAGUACAAGAGGACAUCUGAGGUGAUGGGCACAUGAGGAAACAGAUGGAUGGAUGAGUCCUCUCAGGCAGAGAGAGAGAGAAAGAGAGAGAUUUGUGGAAGGAAAGAAGCGAGGAAGGAGCUUGAGGCAGGCCAAGAGCUCCUACAAGAAAAUGGAGAUUACCAGUUGUGCGUCAUAAAGAGUUGAGCAGUGUCAAAGUCAUCCAGAAGCAGAGAGUCGCUCUGGGUUGAAGCAAACAAGGGGACAUUGAGAUGUCAAGCCUGUAUUUUUAGUUCAUUUCGCUGGUGAAUAGAAGAAAAUAAUUCUUUGUAAUCCCACAUGAAACAAGUCCAGCAGGCGUUUACUGCAGGUCCUCACAAAAGCACCUUAUUGUGAGCUACAAGGGAAUUAUUUUUUCCGCUAUUUUCUUUUAUUAUGGCCCAGAAAUGACAACUUCCUUCAUUCAUUUUCUACCGCUUUUUUUCAUCACAAGGGUCGCGGGUGGUGCUGGAGCCUAUCCCAGCUGUCUUUGAGCAAGAGGCGGGGUACACCCUGGCACAUAUAG